AUUCAAGACUAUGCUUUUCCAGGAAUAACGUCCGAUGCCAAUUAGGUUUUCAAACAGUUGCUUUUGCAUUUAUGAACAUCAAGGCACAUACUGAAGAAUUGUGUAUGUUAUUUUUAUGUCUCGUGGUUUAGAUAAUGCUAUGCAGCUUGAAAAAAGGAAUGUUUAGAAUGUUAUAGAAAUUUUUAUAAUUUUUAGAACGAAGUUUUUAUGACAAAUGGAUACAAUGACACACAGAAAUGUCAAUUAAACGAAUAACUUCUAAAGUAGUUGCUAUAAAAAGAUAAGUCACAAAUUUACAAAUAAAUUAUUCGAAUAGCUGGCAUAAAAGAAUUUUGUAAAUUUAAUUUAUGAUUACAAAUGGAAUGAAGGGUAAACAUUUACAUUUGCAAAUAUGUUCAUUUUCAUACAUGUUCGUACAAGAUCCUCAUACUAUAUAAUACACAUAUAGUACGUGUAUAAUAAGAAAAAGAGUCAUUUGUUUGACGAAUUAAGAACUGUCACCAUUCAUUGAAAGAACUAUUAUAAAACAUAACGCAAAGAGUCUUAGAACAUUUCAUAAAGUAACUAUUACUUGAAAACUUUUAACAUAUCACUUCGUGUGACAUUGAAUUUAAUGAUAUAAGGAAAAAAGAACUUACACGAACAUAGAAGUCAAGCAUUUCUUCUUAACCAUGAAACGAACAAUAUUCAAUUUAGAAUUAUUAAUUAAAAAGCGAUGAAAUUAAAUGAUCUUAUAGAAAGAAAAAGAUGGAGAGUCAGACCAAGUUUAGCCGUCGAGUGGACCUAUUCAAAAAGUCCUUUUUCAAAUAUUAUUUAAAUCAUUUUCCAACCUUAUUUCACAUUUGCUACGACCCAAUUGGCACACAUAGAAAAUCACGUGCCUUCAUAGGUUUCUUAUAUGGCUUCUCCAUGGCUGUUCUCCUUUACGAAUGUAUCAUCGUUGACCUCCGUUUCGAUAAAUACACUAGUUUCGCUCUUGCCAUAAUUUUAGCCACGAUGCUGUCCGUUGGAUGCGCCUCAUCGAUUCAGAUGAGAUGCAUUUGUGCUUUGACAAUACCCGCUUUCUUCGGUCGUUCAGGUCGCAGCAUGUUAAGAGCAUUAGUUUUUGGGUACAUAAUCGCUGGUCCGCUCUUUAAUAUGGUAUAUAACGCGAAAGAAGUGGUGAGAUCAUUUGCCUGCACCUCCCAGUUGACCUAUAAUCUUACCAAGACGCGGUUCGAUUUGAUGUUCAAACCAUUUCAACAGGCUAUCCUUUCAAUGAAAUCUGACGGAGAAGAAAUAAAAGAUACGCUGUCUUCGAUAAGGGAUCUCAUGAGUCCCAUUGUGGAGGAAAUUGAAGGUGAAGAAGAAAUGCAACGUUUGAACGAGGAAAAUGAUUAUCUGGAUGAGUUACAAGGUGACACGAAGAGAAGUAAAGAAAUUGAAGAGAAGCACGAGAAGAAACUCGAAGAAGCUCGAUCGGUCGCUGAUGUGUAUGAAGCGAAAUACAAGCAAAAGAUAGAAGCUCGUUGCGAGGAACAACUCAGCAAGGGUGCAGACAGGUGUAGGGAAAUGUUUAGUGAUGCUUACGACAAAUGUUACGAUAAAGUAAGCAUGUUUGCUGCGUGGCUUCUCUGUUGGCCGAUGAAGCUGACUUUCGUUUGCAAUUUGGUCCAGGCAUUGGGUGGUUCUAGCAUCUGCGAUCCGGAAGGAAAGGUUGAUAGCGGUAUUGGUGAAGGUUAUGCCGCUUUAAAAAAUGCGCGGAACGAGUUCUCCAGAAGCCUAAAGGACGCCAAGCUGCAGUACAAAAUAAAAAAGCCUUCAGUGAUCCUAGAUCUGCAGGAUUCCGCCUACGCGGCUAAGGCCGUUGUACACCAAUUUACAACAAGAGCGAGGCUCUUCGAAUCUGUAAUGGUCGCUAUAAAAAGAUGCUUGUCCUUUAUAUUUCUGAAGAUCAUCCUCAGCGCUCAAACCUAUCACGACAAGUACUUAAACGAUAUCGAACACGAUAACGUUUACGUGACGCCGUAUUUCCGAAGGAUUGACGCGAGAAGGAAGGCACGCGGCAGUUUGACGUUGCUGCCGUUAAAGAAGAUCGAACGGAAAAAAUUCAUCGACCCUUACAGCCUGAAACCGGGCAAAGCAGAGGCUUUCAAUUUAACUGGUCAGAUGAUCAAGCUGCUGCUCGAGAUAAUAACAGCGAGCAUUUUCGUCAUUUUGGACUCAUUAUUCUACGAAGUGUUGGACAUGAUUGGAAGGCAUGCUUAUAUAGAAUAUACUCAGGCAGGACAUCACGACCUAGCAUUAGAAAUUAAAGGGACAGGGGUGAUAGCAACCCUGAUCAGAAGCGCGGUUCGCGGGUUUAACGUGAAGAAGCGUAUAAAAACCGUGACGACGAACAGCGCUUGUCUUCCGAGGCCAACGAAACUGGAGGGCUACGUGCUGUUGAAGAUCUACGGGACGUUCUUCGGCAUUUUUCUAUUGAUCGUCGGAUCGAUUUACACGCAGAGGACGCGUCGAGGCAUCUGCUCGUUCUUCUACAGAAAAAGAGAAAAGAGGAGAACGCUGUAUCUGUACAACGAAAGUUUGCGAAGGCGGAUCGGUUUCGUGAAAUUCAUGAAGGCGAAGGUGAAACGGUUGGUCAGGAUGCGUCGCUUGGAGUACGAAGUUGAUUUCUGGAUGACGAUGAGACAGAAAUGGCCGGCUUUGUUCGAUUGGCUGAAAUUUUUCGCCUGCGCGCGGGAGAGAUGUCUGAUUUGCGGCGAAGUGGAGCCGAGAAAAGGGCCAAGGUAUCGACAAUGCACAACAUCGGGUUGUCCCUUCGUGCAUUGCGCCGAGUGUUGGAGGGACAUGGACAAGAUCUGCUACGCAUGUGCCGUGUGGCCGGAAACUGACUCUGAUGAGAAUGACACACAGUACACUGAAUUUUAACUGAUACAUCUGGAACGGAUGGGAACUACUUAAUUCCCGAACUCUAAUUUUCUAGUGUUGUUCCUAGUUUCAGUUUCUCAGGGGACGCUGUAGUUCAGAAUGCCAUACUAUAGUUCCCAAGGCGAUACUGUAAUUCUAAGGCGAUAUUAUAAUUUUUGAGGUAAUACUUGUAGGUUCUAAACUGGCCCUUAAUACUUAAGGUAACAGUAUAGUUCCCAAGGUGAUAUUGUGAUUUUCAAAGUUAUACUGGAGUUUCUAGACUAACAUGUAGCUUCCAAAUACUGUGGUUCCAAGACUAAGCUGCAGUUCCUAAGACUAUAGUUUCCAAGGCGAUACUAUAGAUUCCAAGUUGGCAUUGUAGUUUUCUAGGUGAUGCUACAGUUCUAAAGGUGAUACUGUAAUUUUCAAAGCAAUACUGCAGUUCCCAAAGCAAUAAUGUAGUUCCUGGAGUGAUAUAUGGUUUUCAGAGCGAUACUGUGGUUCCAAAAUAAUGCUGUAGUUGCUAAGACGCUAUAGUUCCUAAAGCGAUACGUAGUUCCGAAACAAUAUUAUAGUUCCUAAGACGAUACUGUAGUCGCCAAAGCGACCGCGAUAUUCGCUCUUAGUCAGGAAUUACAACUCCCAAUCGUCUUGAAUGUGUUAAUAUCAUUUGUUACGAGAAGGACAUUUGUUCUUGCAAAAUCUUCUUUUCUAAUGAUGGAUUAGUUGAUUGUAUUUAACCCUUUUGAUAUCAGUUAACUGACUUAUUGGUCUUCGGUGUCAUGCGAACAUUGUCACAACCAGAAGUCCUGAUCUCGUUUGUUUAUGUUCAGACUAUCAUCUACUUAGGGCUAUGCUAAUUAAUUUUUCGCCUGAGACAAAGGACAAUACGGGGAUUCUAAGGUUCAAAUAAUA